GCCCGCGGACGGGCGGCCGGGGUGGCAGGCGGCGGGCAGGCAGUGCGCCGGGCAGCUCUCGGAGGACGGCCAUGGCGGUGGCUCUGGGGCUGCGGGGACCUAUGCGGCGCUGGUUGGUGGCGCUGCGCAGUCGGGGUCCCGGCCUCGUGGCCAUGUCAGCAGAUGCUCACUUGUUGACAGCAGAGGAGAGGAGCCAAGCUAUCCUUGACCUUCAAGCAGCAGGGUCGAAAUUACAAGAGAGAGAUGCCAUCUACAAAGAGUUCUCCUUCAAAAACUUUAAUCAGGCAUUCGGCUUUAUGUCCCGAGUGGCUCUGCAAGCAGAGAAGAUGAAUCAUCACCCGGAAUGGUUCAAUGCUUACAACAAGGUCCAGAUAACUCUCACUUCGCAUGACUGUGGCCAACUGACCAAACGAGAUGUGAAACUGGCCAAGUUUAUUGAAAAAGCAGCUACUUCUGUGUGAUUUCUUUCAAAAUGCAUGUAAAAAUCUUAUAUACAUCUCAGGUGCAGUAUAUUUUGAAGGUGAUGAACAUGAACAAAUUAAGCUGUAAAUUGAAGUUCAACUUUAUAGACCACGUUUUGUCAAAUCAAUGCUAAAUAUAAACGGAUUUACAUUUGA